AUGAAAAACAGGCAGGAGCCCCCUAAACCUCCUUCACCAAAAAGGACUGUAAAUGUUAUAAUAGGAGGAGAAGAAAUUAAUGGCGUGACAUAUACGGCAGCCAAGAAAGUUUCAAAAAUUACUGUCACACACGGGAAGCGAGUUCGAUGUGUUUUGGAAGAAGAAAGUAUUACAUUUGAUGAUGCAGGUGCAAAUGGCGAACUAACCCCACACAAUGACGCACUGGUAAUAUCUUUACUUGUACAUGACACUAAUGUGAAACAAGUUUUGAUUGAUCCAGGUAGCUCCGUGAACAUCAUUUUGCUAAGAGUGGUAAACGAAGUACAAGCUGAAGAUAAGCUGAUACCCAAGGCGCAUACCUUAUCUGGUUUUGACAACUCGAGCGUCGUAACAAAAAGGGGAGAUAAUACUCACAACAUUCGCAGAAGGAGUUAUCAAAGACAUGAAAUUUCAGGUGGUAGAGACGGAUAUGGCUUACAAUAUGAUUCUCGGUAG